UAUUUGGCUCGGUGAGGGUUUUGCUUGAUAGGUUUCGACGAAGAUUGCUGAGUUUAUGGCUUUUCGUUUCGGAGGAAGACAAAUGGCUGGUAGGGCUUUGCUUGGAGCAUCCACACAAUUAAGGGGAUACUGCCAGAAAAUCUCUCCCACAGAAUCCUCUCGUAGUGAUAAAGAUGUUAGAGCUUGUAUUGGGGGUGGACUCGUAGCUUUUUUGUUCUACUCGUACUGGUUACGCAACGAAGCUUGGAAAAUUAAAGAGAGGAGCACACUUUUGACUACUACACCACACAGUCUGUCAUUUGUCAUUCGUAGGGGAAGAAAGGUUGAUCACCAUGUUUGGUGUCACCAGGAGGAGCAGAGACUUUUCCCUACUGAAUGUGAAAAGCUACUUAAAUUGUUUAAUAUACAUCAGUUUAGUGGGAUAACUGUUGUUUGUACCAUGAGUACCCACUAUGAAGAUGGGGAUCAUCAGAAAAUUCUUAAGAAGAAAACAGUCUUGUUGUCAGUCCUUUCAGGAAACCCUAGGCGGCAGGCCUGAAUCUGAUGAUGACGAGCAAACAAUUUUUUUUUUUGAGAGAAAUAUUUUAUUUUACUUUAUUAUAUAUACUACUUUUUAUUUUAUAUAAUAUCUAUUAUAUUUCAAAGG